UAAAGUCUAAAGUUUGACGCACAACAAUCAGUCAGAUCACCUCUUACUGUACUACAAACAUCCUUCCCUCCUCUGUGAAGAUGUCCAGCUCUGUAACAACCACCACUAACGGGGUGGUGGUCAUCACCCAUGUACACCCUACUGGAAACGAGAUGGGGGUCGCGGGGGUUGCUUCUGCCCCUCACUGUUUGGGACAGACGGUCUACUCAGCGCUGGGAAGUUUCCGGGCGGGGCAUCCAAAAGCGCUGGGGACCGUACAGAUCAUGAUUGGUUUGCUGAUGCUGUUGACAGGAAUCGUGAUGGCUACAGGACCAGAAGUAGACAAUAUUGGAGUAUUUAGUGGAAUAUUUGUCUGGGGAUCUAUCAUUUAUGUAAUUGCAGGCUCUCUCACUGUUGCCGCUGACAACAAACUGAACAAAUGUCUGGUGAAUGGCUCCCUGGUAAUGAAUGUUGUUGCCACGGUUACUGCUCUUACUGGCAUCAUCCUCCAUUCUUUAGACGGUGCUGGGAUCCUCUACUCCUGUUACUAUCCAGACAAUCCUUCAUCCUACCCUCCAUACUAUGUCUGUCAACAGUAUUGGGUCAGGUCCCAGGGAAUUUCAGGUGUUCUGGCUGUUUUCUCCGUGCUGGAGUUUAUAGUGUCCAUCUGUGUCUCGUCAUUCGCCUGCAGAGCUGUCUGCCAGUGCUGUCGUUCCACCCCUGAGCAAGUGUCCAUCAUUGGGAAUCAAAUACCGGUACCUGAUGGCAGGCAUUGCAGCAUAAUGACUCCAAGCAACGCCCCUUUCCCUCCACAGAACAACUACAAGCCUGUGAACUACCCAAAGGGUCCUGAGGGAGCCGGUAUGGGUACAAGGUUUCAACAGAACCACCUGCUUCCUCACUACACUGCCUGAGAAACGGGCCUCAGUGAAUACAUUGCUAUUUUUCUUGUUGAAAUCAUGUUCUUAUGUAGGCCUAUGAUUACGAUGCAAGCCAGGCAAUGGUUAGCAGCACCACAUCACUGAUCUGAAUAAUUUGACAGUUAAAUACUGUUAGUGUAUUGCAAUGUUAUAUAUCAGUAUGAUAUUUUGGCUACUAUAUGGUUGAUAUUUUAAUGUUUAAAAAAAACAAAAUUCUGUCUCUCAUAAUUUUCUAUAUAAAAAUAGUUGUCUUCAUUUAUCAACAAAAAUCAACCACAGUGUAUCCUUUGUCAAUGUUUGUAAAUGAUAUAGGCCAGUAAUGAUUAACUUUAUUAUUAUGAUUAUUAUUAUUAUAUUAGCAAGCAAAUACAUAUCACUGAAUGUCAGGUCAUGACAAACGUAAAAUAAAUGACAAAGAAUCGAGUUUGGAGUCACUUUUGUCUUCUACAAUGUAAGUAAUGACAAAGUAAUAAAGUAAAUAAAUGUA